ACUGUAUAGCCGAGGCAGAGGACGGUAAAGCUGAAUGCAAAUUUUGUGUCUGAAUAGACCCGGAAAACGAUUUGACAGGCUGUUUGCAGGUCGAUUAAAAUUGCCGCCAACCUUUUGUAGAUUAUUUCAUAGCCUUAAAUUAGCUAGCGUCGUAAUCCUUUACAUUGCAAUAAUGAGAGACCCUAGGAAUAGUAGCAAGUAGCUGCCAAUCAAAAACGACGGAAUUAAAAUUUCCCUCGUUUUUGCGUGAUCCUUUUGUGCGAUGCGUGAGAGAAAAGUGAUUAUCUUCAUGCGGCUUUUGUCUGGGCCAUAAAAGAACGUCGCCGAUUGGUCGAAUUCGCAUUUGGCCGCAGAAGCCUGAAUCUAAUAUUCAUUUCAAAAGGGUGUUCAAAAGAUUGUUUUGAGCCGUGUCGUAGCAGUUCAGUGACCACAUGAACUGGGCUCUUUUGCUCAGUUUUGUAUUGUUGAAUUCAUUUUGAAGGCUGAACUAUGCGUCGCUUGAAAAUUAAGGUUGUAGGAGACGGCAGCGUUGGUAAAACCUCCUUUCUGAUUCGCUGGUACAAUGAGAACUUUGCCUGUGAAGAUGACACACCAUUAUUCCCAGGACGAGCGAGGAUUUUACCAGCUGUACAAGAUCCAUUCUUCACUAACACGACCGUGGACCGAGUGAGUUAUGUGUUAACGUUUUGGGACACGAUCUGCGGAGCUGAUUUCCUAAAAUUUCGUCCCAUGGAGUACGAAGAAACCGAUGUAUUUCUCGUCUUCUUUGACAUCUCGAAUCCCAGCUCUUUCCAAAACGUUUCAACAGUAUGGGUUCCGGAACUGAAGCACUACAUGCCUACAACACCAAUCCUCGUAGUUGGAAACAAAACUGAUCUACGCACGGCAAGCACCGCUCCGGAUGGUAUGAUUACAAUAGCAAAAGGGCGUGAACUUGCCGAGCGCCUGGGAACCCGUUACUGUGAAAGCAGUGCAGAGACAGGAGAUGGCGUCCAUAGUGUGAUUGAUACAGCUGUGCGUUUGGCAGUUAUGAACCAAAAUCCGUCAAAAACAAAGUUUAAAAUUUUUCAGUGGCAGAGGAAGACUCCAAAGAUGUUACGGCAUGGACCAGAGCCUCCUGUGCUAUCACCACCAGAUCCAAUGCCCCAAGUUAAGAUUCUUCCUUCUACUUUCACUGAUGACAUGAAGAAAAUGUGCAGAGAUGAAACUGGAAAUUCAGACAUCAGACUCCUCUUCAGUUCCAACAAUCACCCACUUGAAGCUCAUAAAAUCAUCCUGUGUAUAGGCUCUGCUGUGUUUCGAGAUUUCUUUCUAAACAGUGGCGAGGAAGUAGAGCUCAGCAGAUUACUUAGUACUGCUGAUUCCUGCUCUUGCUCUGCCAGUCGAGAAUUUAACAGGUCAAUUGGAAAGAAGGGCAAUGUGAAAGAAGCAUUUGGCACAAAUCUUUGCUCUGUCAUUAAUCAUCAAAGGCUGGAUUUCUCACAAAAUCUGGAAAGGAAGCCCAAGACAAAGACAAAAACUUGCUUGCAUUUCAAUAACGGUGUUUCUGGUAAAGUAUUUCAACAUGUCCUUGAGUUCCUGUACACUGGUUCACUGAAUGUUUCUUCUGAUACCGAUGAGUCACUGUUAACAAAAGUCAUGAGCUUAUCCCACAGAUUGCGCAUUCCUUGGUUAGGACAGAUCUGUGAAAACAUGACAAAUGGAGAGAGUUACCUUAAUCCAAGCAUGGUCGCCAUUCUUCAUGAGGAGAGAAGCAAAAUCAUGAAAGAGAACUUUAUCAACAAGCCACAUUUUUCAGAUGUUAUAUUUCAUGUACAGAACACUGUGCUGUAUGCUCACCGAGCUGUACUAAUGGCAAGGUCCGAGGUCAUGGCUGCCAUGUUUGGUGGUGGCUUCAGUGAGAAAGAUAGCCUUGAGGUCACAAUCAAGGUAACAACAGUGAAAAGUUUCUUGGCUCUGUUGGUGUUCCUGUAUACGGACACUGUGCCAACCAACAUGACAGUCGGUGAUUACAGGGAACUGCUGGUAUUAGCCGACAGAUUUUGCCUUCCUCAGCUUAUUUCAGUGUGUGAAAGUGCCAUUGUAGAUAGAAUUAGUGCAGAAAUCAAGAAAAAACAACUCAAUUCUGCCCAGUGUAAUGACGUGAUCAAUCUGCUGUUAACUGGACAGGCCCACAAUGCACUUCAGUUGGCAAGAUGGUGUUUAUAUUUGAUCACCACGAACUACUCUGACUUUGAAGCCUGUGAUGACUUUGAUCUGAUCAAAGGAGAUAAUCGCCGACAUGUUCUGGAACAUCGCUGGCCACCUCUGGCUUAUCUGAAAGAACUGGAGGAGUUCAAGAGAAAGACUGGACGGGCGUAAAUUAUAUAUUAUAAAAUAAGUUAUUGCAGCUCUAACAGUAAGACAAUAGGGCAUCACAAUUAUAUUCAGUGGUAAACAGUAGUGUGAGGUAACAGUGACACAGUGAGAGUGAUAUCUUUGCUGUAAAGCCAAGACUUUUCCUAAACAUGUAAAAGAAAUCGAGACUCAAAGACCAUGUAAUGAUAAAAACUAAGAUCGCAAGAUGUGGGAAAUUUUACUAAUCAAAAUUUUGCUCGACAUGUACAUCAAUGAAAGUCUAGAUCAUUUGCCACCCUUUCAGUGAGUUAAUUGAGAUUUUUUAUUAAAUUCUGAGAAUGAAAUUUUCCCUUAACAAGAAAAAGAAUAUAUAUGUAUUCAUAUGAAGAGAUCUGUUACGGGUAGCGAAUGUUACAAUCCACGCCACACAACAACACCGAGACACCCUGAAAAUCUGAAAUCGGUGUAUCUUAAAUAAUCGUAUUUUAGAUUGGGACAGAAAGAAACACCAAAGUGACCAGACUUACCCAUCACAAAGGAUUCCAAGAUCCUGAGACAGGAUCCAAAGUUUCCAAUCCCAUUUCUCAGGGGAAAAACUAUUAAGAUAUGGAUACAUAAUUCACACUCAAGUCAGCUCAACAAUAACUAUAUUCAGACAAAACAAACUGCCAAUAGUUUAUUUAUUUUGUAAUGUGACCUCUUGGUCUAGGAACCCAGGUCCCCCCCACCCUGCUCAAGCAUCCCACCCAACAUAAAGAGGUCUGGAUCUGCCACUGGUUUCUUUUAAUUUGCCUAAUUUGGGUAGGAAACCACAGAAAGCAUGUCCACCAUGUGGUACUUAUAAAGCGUUUGGAUGAAACCUGUCGUGUAAUCGUUCAUUAAAAUUAAAGCUGCAAAGCUAUACUUGCUCACAAUGCUGUGUGUUUUGAGAGAUUUUGCCAAAUGAAAUUUGGGCAUUAAGUGAAAAGCUAAGUAGCUGUUAUACCACAGUGACAUCAUUUGGUUUGUAAUAAUGUAAUAAUAUAGUUUGUAUAGUGCCAGUCUAUUUAUUACUUGAUACACAUAAUUUAUUAUGUUGAGCAUUAAUUUCUUGUUUUGGCAGACAUCCUGAAGGAAAAAAAGAACUGUAAAAUAAUAUGAGAUAUAUAUACAAUAAACAACAAAGAAGAAUUGUAACGACUUAUUCAAUCAAUAUCCCCUUAUUUUGUUAAUUUAAGGAGUACUUCUUGCAGAUAAGUGGACUAAGCUAAGUCUUUUGUGUACACAUAUAAAAUUAAUUAAGAAUUUAUACAAGUCAGAUAGGAUUGUUUCAAGUUCAGAACUGAUUAUAUCUAACAAAGUUAGGUUAAAAAAGAUAGUGGACAUACAUGCAACAAAACUGAAUGCUUUUCAAUUUCGGAAGUAUUGUCAGUGGUGAUAAAAUUAAGAGCACUUGCUGUUUGCCAAAUGGGAUUAGACUGAAGUAGAUGAAAGAUUUUAUCAGUAAGGUAAUUAUUGCAGUAAGGACACUUCAACCAUGAACACUUGACUUGUUUUGUAUGGUAUUUUUGGUGACUAAAGAGCAAAGGUUCUUCAUAUAACUUUAAAGAUUGAUGUUUCCACAGUGCAAAAAUACUAAUAUUAACUUGAAGACUAAUUUUGUUAAUAUGAAAAGCCUUCAUGGGGGGACUCCCUUAUAAAAAGAACAGGGGUGCAUGUCAGGAA